CACUCAUUUAACUAGCAUGCUUCUUAAGAUUCCAACUUCAAUAUCAUCCUCGUAAUACAGAAAAACAAACACCUGCUUUAUCCCAACCACCACUAGUACAUAGAAAGUUUCACCAUCCUUGGAGAUUCCGAACUCAUAUCCACAAUUCUGGGAUCUCAACUUCCAAGGAGAAAAACUGAGACAUGGCCCCUAAUGAAAAUGUGGACAAUGGUUUUGAAUCUCUUGAUUAUGUAGAUGAUGAACAGAAACUCCACCAUGAAGAGAGAACCAAGCUCAGAGAAGAAGAGGAGAUUUCUGUGGAGAGGGUGUUUCAGCACCAACUUGUGCCAUCAUGGAGGAACCAGUUAACUUUGAGAGCCUUUGUUGUGAGCUUUUUGCUGAGUAUACUCUUCAGUUUCAUUGUGAUGAAGCUGAAUCUCACCACUGGUAUUAUACCUUCACUCAAUGUCUCUGCUGGCCUUCUGGGGUUUUUCUUUGUGAAAACUUGGACCAAGUUCUUGGAAAAAUCUGGCAUGUUAAGACAACCCUUUACAAGACAGGAGAACACUGUGAUCCAGACAUGUGUUGUUGCCUCCUCUGGCAUAGCCUUUAGUGGAGGAUUUGGGAGUUACCUCCUUGCAAUGAGUGAACGUGAAGCCAAGAUAGCCUCAGACUCCAGUGAUUUUAAGGACCCAAGAUUAGGAUGGAUGAUUGCUUUUCUCUUUGUUGUUAGCUUUCUUGGACUCUUCUCAGUUGUACCUCUAAGAAGGAUUAUGAUCAUUGACUUCAAAUUGACAUAUCCAAGUGGUACUGCAACUGCCCAUCUCAUCAACAGCUUCCACACUCCUCUGGGAGCCAAACUUGCAAAGAAGCAAGUGAACGUGUUGGGAAAAUUCUUCAGUUUGAGUUUCUUAUGGGGUUUCUUUCAAUGGUUCUAUACAGCUGCUGAUGAGUGUGGAUUUCAAGCCUUCCCUUCAUUGGGGCUCAAAGCAUAUGAAAACAAGUUUUUUUUUGAUUUUUCUGCAAUCUAUGUUGGAGUGGGAAUGAUUUGCCCAUAUAUCAUAAAUAUAUCAGUGCUCCUUGGAGGAAUUAUUUCUUGGGGACUUAUGUGGCCUCUCAUAAAAAACCAAGAGGGACAUUGGUAUGCUAUAGGUCUUGGUGAUGGUGACCUUCAUGGCAUCCAAGGUUAUAGGGUAUUUAUAGCCAUAGCCUUGAUCCUGGGAGAUGGUUUAUAUAACUUUGUGAAGGUGCUAACUCAUACCUUGUUGGGUUUGUUUAAUCAAAUCCGGAACAAACAAAGGGAGAAUGUUCUUCCUGUUGCAGAUCAAGACUCUCCCUCAAGUCCUCAGCUAUCUUUUGAUGACCGGCGCCGCACCCAACUCUUCCUUAAAGAUCAGAUUCCUACAUGGUUUGCAGUUGGAGGCUAUGUUGCCAUUGCUUCCAUUUCUACAGCCACUCUGCCACACAUAUUCCCCCAACUAAAAUGGUAUUACAUUCUUGUUAUCUACCUAAUUGCUCCCACCUUAGCGUUCUGCAAUGCUUAUGGUUGUGGGCUAACAGAUUGGUCCCUUGCAUCAACCUAUGGAAAGCUUGCCAUCUUUACAAUUGGAGCAUGGGCUGGUGCAUCACAUGGUGGAGUUCUUGCUAGCCUUGCAGCCUGUGGUGUGAUGAUGAACAUUGUUUCCACAGCCUCUGACCUGAUGCAGGAUUUUAAGACUGGCUACCUUACCUUGGCUUCACCACGUUCCAUGUUUGUGAGCCAAAUAUUUGGCACAAUAAUGGGUUGUGUGAUUUCUCCUUGUGUCUUUUGGAUUUUCUACAAAGCUUUUCCUGACCUUGGGACACAUACAAGUGAAUAUCCUGCCCCAUAUGCAAGUGUGUACCGUAACAUGGCCAUAUUGGGGGUACAAGGCUUUAAAUCUCUACCAAAACAUUGCCUCCUGCUUUGUUAUAUAUUCUUUGCUGCUGCCAUUGCGGUAAACUUGAUUAAAGAUUUACUGGGUAAGAGAGGGAGGUUCGUACCACUUCCAAUGGCCAUGGCAAUACCUUUCUAUAUAGGGCCUUACUUUGCCAUUGACAUGUGUGUUGGAAGUCUGAUAUUAUAUGUGUGGGAAAAGAUUAAUAAGGCCAAGGCUGAUGCUUUUGGACCAGCUGUAGCUUCUGGUUUGAUAUGUGGGGAUGGAAUAUGGACUCUACCUGCUUCAAUACUUGCUCUUGCUGGAGUUAAGCCACCAAUUUGCAUGAAGUUCUUGUCUAGGGCCACAAAUGUGAGGGUUGAUAAAUUCUUAGGGAAUUAAAGUCAGGUUUGGGCUUGGUAUCUUGUAUAAGUCUGAAAGCUUGUCACUUGUAAAUCUGUGAAAGAUCACUCAAGUUUGCACUUUUAAACUUCUGCAGCCAUCUAGUUUAGCAAAACACAGCAAAGCAAAAUUAUUGUGUAUGUUAUAUCAGAAAGAAAUUAUAUGUUUGCAUGUUUACAUUGCAUUGUGUCAUU